UGACCAUGGGAGAUGUUGAGAAGGGCAAGAAGAUCUUUGUCCAGAAGUGUUCACAGUGCCACACAGUUGAGAAGGGAGGCAAGCACAAGACUGGCCCUAACCUUCAUGGUCUUUUUGGCCGAAAGACUGGUCAGGCCGAAGGUUUCUCUUACACAGAAGCCAACAAAAGCAAAGGUAUAACCUGGGGAGAAGAUACACUGAUGGUUUACUUGGAAAACCCCAAGAAGUAUAUUCCAGGAACCAAGAUGGUAUUUGCUGGCAUUAAGAAGAAGGGGGAGAGGGCAGAUUUAAUAGCAUACCUUAAGGAGGCCACUUCUAACUAA